GCAGGAGCAGAUCAAACCGGAACCUGAUCGAACACCAUUCGCCGCCGCCUCCUCCAACCUCCUCGACUCAGGGAGCCCUAACCCUAGCGAUCAGCAUCUCGUUCGGGCGGGAUCGAUGGCGUCGUUCUCGGAGGCGCCCCCGGGAAACCAAGCGACGGGCGAGAAGAUCUUCAAGACCAAGUGCGCGCAGUGCCACACCGUCGAGAAAGGCGCCGGCCACAAGCAAGGGCCUAACCUGAAUGGUCUGUUUGGGAGGCAGUCUGGUACAACUCCUGGUUACUCUUACUCUUCGGCUAACAAGAGUAUGGCUGUGAUUUGGGAGGAGAAAACAUUGUAUGACUACCUGCUUAAUCCAAAGAAGUACAUUCCUGGAACUAAGAUGGUAUUCCCUGGACUGAAGAAGCCUCAGGAGCGUGCUGAUCUCAUUGCAUACCUGAAGAGCGCCACAGCUUGAAAGGGCUCGCUGCCGUGGUCAGUUAAUAAAAUAGAUACUGUCAUGAGGUUACUCUGGUUUGACAGGGUAACAGGAUGCAUCGACCAGACAGUUAAAGCGGAAUUUGUUGAAAGUGCGUGGUCGUAUUUCUCCUUGUGAUGUUUUUCUUUUAUCUGAUUAGACUAGGAAUAUUUCAAAUAUUUGAGCUAUAUCAUGUUAAGAUAUUAUUUUGUCGAUUCCUAAAGUGAUCUAACUUAAGGCUAAUGCCUUACCUGGUUCCUUCAGUGA